CUCGCCCAAACAGCCGCCCAGAGACCCUUUGCUGCAGUUGGUCUCCUUCCAGAAGGCGUCUGGCAGCUGGGUGCUGGAUCCAGCUCUGGCUGCUGCACUGGGAAAGACCAGCAAGGAGGUGGAGAACGCUAAACCUGCAUCGGUGAAGCAAAGAGUGUGGGCCACCAUUCUGGCUCUGAUCUGGCUUCAUGGUUUCAAGAUGGAUGCUCAGGAAGAGUGGGAGCUUCUGGCUGUGAAGGCUGUGUCAUGGCUCCGUGCUAAGAAUGCACCAUGUGUGACAGAGUGUGUGGAAGCUGGAAAUGCUCUGCUGGGUUGCAACGUGCAGAAAGACGCCCUGGGGCUCUGAGGUUUUCAUUAAAGUGGCUUCUCCUUCAGGACUGGUACACAGAAGCAGAUCUAUUCCACAAACUUUAUCAUUUUUGCACUGUUCACAUUUAGUUAUGCAGCUGUUUGUUAAGCCCUUGCAUAUUAACUGAUGUAGUAAAAUAUGUUUUGACUAAUUUGCAAGAUACUACAUCCAACCAGGUUCCGACAUGUGACAAAGAGUUGUUCUUUUGCCUUAAAUCUUAAUGUCAGAUUGUACAUGAAUCAGUUUUACUUGUGAAAAUAAAAUCUGAAGUCUGAAGAAUGUGUGAAUGAAGAAAUACAAGCCCUUUAGCAUCAAUGUGAGAGGACACAUAUUUAAGGCUGACAAAGUAUUUUGGAUGCUGCAAAAUAUGUAAUUAUAAAUGUGCUUUUGAUUAUGCCUGUUUAAUUCUGUGCUAUGAAGGUGACAGAAGAUGUGUUCGGGUAUAUCAAUCACUGUAGUAUACAGAAUUGCUAUAACAGACAAGCCUAAAGACUUAUAAAGUGAAGUAAGGUAGUGUUUAAGAGUUCACAUUGACCUGAACAUACUUUUAUAUUUUUUUAAAUAACUUCACAUCGCUUGUAUUUCUACAGUAACUGUCAAAAUAGCAACAGACAAUUUGUCAGUCCUCAAUUUUAUGAAUAUGUCACCUGCAGUAUUCACCUUGAACUUUAACAUCACCGCUUGUUACAUGUGACAAUCUUUCCCACUAUUUGGGGAGCCUCAUGAAGGUAUUGUAAUAGAAAACUAAAAUAGUCAACUGUGUGAA